AUGUACGCCUCUUCAGUCGUCCGCGCCCGUAUGGCCAACGUUGUUGCCCGUCGUGGCUUCUCCACCACUCGUGCUCAGCUCGGCAGCCCCUACCACUAUGCUGAGGGUCCUCGCACCAACAUUCCCUUCAACCCUCUGACCAAGCACUUCUUCUGGCGCUACUGGGCUUUCAUGGUCACUGGCUUCGGUGCUCCUUUCGCUAUCGCUGUCUGGCAGACCUACAAGACCAAAUAA